AUGACUCAAGACAAGCCGAUAGUGGAGACGAUUUCCAAUGUCGGUGAUCAGGUGACGAAUGCGUUUGGACAAUUCUGGCAACUGGUUACCUCGAAAAAUCAACGAAAAUCUGGACUCGAGUCGAAGCCUGUCAAAAUUGAUCAGCUCCCCCUCUACGCCGAGGAUAAUUCUCCAAUCGCGCAAAAGUUCGUCCCAGAAGAGCCGUUGCCCCUUCAACGGGAAUUUGCAACUGUACGUAUCGCAUGCCAGGAGGAGUACGCUCGUGUUGCCGAACGCUUCAAGGUGGUCGAUUGUGCGAUGACUCAAACCAAAAAAACAGCGAACAGAUGCAACGAAUAUCUGACCGAAGAAUGGACCGCUCUUCCAAAAGCAGCCGCUAUUACUGUAGGUGGAAUGGCAGGAUUCGUUUUAGGACUGAAGCGUGGACCUGUUGGACGUCUGAUGACCACAACUAUCGGUUUGGCUACAAUGGCCGCAUUCUGCUAUCCGAUUGAAACUGUCGACGUGGCAAAAACCGGAAGAGCUCAUGCUGAGCAGACGUGGCAUUCAUUCCAAGAAUCACCUACACCAGUGACAUCCAUAAAAACUAACUUGAGCCCACCGAAAUAA